AUGGCGAAUUUAUAUGAUGAAUUAUAUACACCUUUAAGUUACUAUAUUUUGCAUAAUGAUGAAGGAAGCAAAAACAAAAAUGAUAAAAUUAAUCUAAAUAAAAAAUCGAAUAAGAAAGAAGUAAUUAAUAAAUCUUCUUUGAUCAUUGAGAUAAAACCAUAUGGUGAAAAUACUAAUUUAGAUGAUGUAUUAAAACUUGUUAAAGAAAUUAAUAUAGAAGGUUUAACUUGGGGAGAAGCACAUAAAAAGAUUCCUUUUGCUUUUGGGCUUUUUAAGUUACAGGUCAGCUGUGUAAUAGUUGAUGACUUAGUUAACACUGAUGAAAUAAUAGAAUUGAUAGAAAACUUAGGAUUGGAUGAAGAUCAAUGCAAAAAAAAAAAAGAGUUAGAAGCAAAACAAACAGAAAAUGAAGAUGAAUUUGAUGAGGAAGAAGAAGAAAUUGAAGGAUUAGUUCAAUCUGCUGAAAUAAUUUCUUUUAAUAAAUUAUAA